AUGAGGGUUGAAGACCCCACCCACCCCAGCGUCGGUCUCAACCACCCCUUCAAUACUGGUCUUGGCAUCCCCGUCGCCAGGCUUUCCGACGACGCUCAGGGCACCCUCACACUCCUGUUCAAAGAGAUGAAGGACAAGAGCGGCCAACCUAGCGACAGGAUCUUGGCGCUCACCAACAAGCACGUCGUUUCUCUCGACACCACCACCGAUUACGAGUUUAAUGAGACUGACCCUCAGCAUAUCGUCGUGUGUGGCGACCGCCUUCUUAAUCGUACCGUCGGAGAUAUCGAAGACGCUAUCAUAAAAGACAUGCGCGACGCCGAGAAGCUCAGCAAGGAGUUGAAGAGCUUGGACGAUCAGGACACCAUGGCCAUAGACCGCAAGGCGACCGCAUUGAAGCAGAAGAACGAGGACAUCACUAUUCGGCAGACGCUCGUCGACACAAUCCAAGCCGGCUGGAAGGAUGUAGAGAACCGCAAGCUUGGCCUUGUCGACUGGGCCCCGGCAAUAUCUGUCACAGUCGACGACCGUCAUUAUACUCGCGAUAUUGCAACAAUAUCGGUAGAUAAGGAGAAACUCGUGAACUUCAAGAGCAACAUAGUCGAUCUCGGAAAUGAGUUUGACGCCACUCAGCUUGAAGACCGCUUUUGGCCCUUGGAUUCUGUUCGCAAAGGCAGGACCAUCCCAUCGAACCUGCAGCUUCCCAUCAACAGCAUUCUUCCCCGCCGCCUCGUUCUCAAUCCUGACACGGAGGACAAGAACGGCGAGCCCCUCUAUAUCGUGGGCAAGUAUGGCAACACAACGAAGCUUACCCUCGGUCGUUACUCGGGCAUGGACGCCUACACCUGCAGCGAACUCGGACAAGAGUCCAGGGAGGUCGCCAUCUACAACUACAACAAGAAAUCCGGCGACUUCUCCAACCACGGCGACUCAGGCUCCCUUAUCUUCACGGGCGACGGCCAGGGACUCGCAAUCUUGCACUCGGGCAUGCCUCGCGGCAUGCAUAACCACGUCACCUAUGCUACGCCGCUCUGGUGGGUUUUCAAGCAGAUCCUGGUCCAGUACCCCUCAGCCGAGUUCUACGGCAUCACCUACUCCCUUGACUGA